AUGCGUCUUUUGACUAUUUUGAUCAACUUUACCGCGGUCGCCUACGGUGUCGCAAUUUCCGCUGGUGGAGAACCUUCGCCCGCCCUUAUCACCCGCGCGGGCAACUCUUGCGCUGACCGAGGUGCACAAUCCAAAGCUUGCUGUCAAAAAAAUGCAAGGACUAUAAAUAUGCAAGGCCAAGCGGAGUCAAAGCUGAGGUUCUGGGGACGCAACUUUAGGCCCGUGCACCCCGCCCUCGAUCAAGCAUGUGGCACCGGCCUCGAGAUCAAGCUCAAUCCAUCUCCCCACACGAAGAAUCAGAGGUGUGCGAGGUACCUUAGCCAUGAAACUACAUGGAACUCUGAUGUUCACGCACGGAUUUUGAGGCGUGCAGCAGCCCCCUAUAAUGGCAUUACAGUGGUAGGGGCCACACCAGCAGGCAUCCAGCUUGAAUGGCGAAGCGGGACUGCGGCGGACGACGCCUCGAGUCUCAGCAAAAUGGUGGAUUAUCUCCUAGGAAAACCAUUGACGAUUCAGAUAUUGCCUUGGUGCACGCAAUUCGAACUCACACCAGAAUGUAUCGAAACGAAAGACUCGCAAACUUUGUCGAACCGGGGAAGACUCGAGCUCGGAAACUGGAGUGCUUCAUUGCUUUACAGAUGGUCCCAGUUUCCUAGCCUCUGCACCGAUUCUUGCCGCAAACCCGACGGCCAUAUAACGCCGCUCAUGAUCAAGGCUUUACCUAUCGUCCUCGUCACGGCUAUUUUUGGGAGGUUUAUGUUUUCUGCGAUAAAAGAGACAACUACCAAAUGUAUGGCCCAGUCGAUAGAGCCUCCCGAUUCUGAUAGGCUUAUCAGGGUCAAUGGCUGCGUGCACCUGUCGCUGCCUGUCUCCUGGUUCAAAGGCUUAUGCCAUUAG